AGGCACAUCGGUCCCGCUGGGGACAGCGGUGCAGCAUGGGCCCUGAGCCACCCUGGCUGCAGCCGUCCCUUGCAGCUCAGUGGGGUGCAGCCGCCCUCCAAAUAACAACCCUAUGGUGAGGGCUGCAAAGAGACUGUGCCACCUAUGUGGGGACACCUGGGACUGUCCCAGGCGGGGCGCGCCAGAGAUCUCACCCACCCAUGCUCCUGACUGGUGUCACUGGUCUCCUGACAGGUCAGCCACCAUGGGCUCGGUGGGAGCCAACCGCUUCAAGGACACCAGCCCGGCAGGGACACCAGAGGGCAACGUGGUGAUGAGCUUCAGCUUCGACAGCUACCAGCUGGAGGAGGAAGAGCUACAGGGAAAAGGGAGCCAGGCCAAGGGUGUCCUCACCUUCAUGGAGCCAGGGACAGUUUCUGAGGACCCCGAGCCCCAGGACCGAUACCACGGGAUUUACUUUGCCAUGCUGCUGGCCGGGGUGGGAUUUCUCCUGCCAUACAACAGCUUUAUCACUGAUGUGGACUAUCUGCAUCAUAAAUAUCCAGGGACCUCCAUCGUCUUCGACAUGAGCCUCACCUACAUCCUGGUGGCCUUGGUGGCCGUCCUCCUCAACAACGCCCUCGUGGAGCUGCUGAGCUUGCACACUAGGAUCGCCGUAGGCUACCUCCUCGCCCUGGGGCCCCUGCUCUUCGUUAGCAUCUGCGAUGUCUGGCUGGAGCUCUUCACCCACCGGCAAGCAUACGCCAUCAACCUCAUCGCUGUGGGGGUGGUGGCCUUUGGCUGCACAGUGCAGCAAUCCAGCUUCUACGGCUACACCGGGCUGCUCCCCAAGCGCUACACACAGGGGGUGAUGACGGGUGAGAGCACCGCCGGGGUCAUCAUCUCCCUCAGCCGUAUCUUCACCAAGCUCCUGCUGUCAGACGAGAAGGAGAACACGGUCAUCUUCUUCUUCAUCUCCAUCGGCAUGGAGCUGACGUGCUUCAUCCUCCAUCUUCUGGUGAAGCGCACCCACUUUGUUCGCUACUACACCACCAGCUCCCACAAGGGCCUCCCCGAGCCCAAGGGAACUGGGGACUGCGGGACAGGGUACCGGGUUCACCAUGAUGUCACCGCUGAGGACAUCCGAUUCGAGAACAGGCCUCGAGGGCAGCUGGGAUCCCCCACAGGCAGCCUGGGACAUGAAGCAGAGCUGGCUGGUAGCGGGACCUACAUGCGCUUCGACGUCCCUCGGCCCAAAAUCAAGAGGAGCUGGCCAAGCUUCAGAGACAUGCUGCUCCACCGCUACGUGGUCUCCAGGGUCAUCUGGGCCUAUAUGCUUUCCAUUGCUAUGACCUACUUCAUCACGCUGUGCCUCUUUCCUGGGCUGGAGUCAGAGAUCCACAACUGCACACUAGGGGAAUGGCUCCCCAUCCUCAUCAUGGCCAUCUUCAACCUCUCGGACUUUGUUGGCAAGAUCCUGGCUGCCCUGCCUUAUGACUGGCGAGGGACUCACCUCCUCAUCUACUCCUGCCUCCGCGUGGUGUUCAUCCCCCUCUUCAUCAUGUGCGUGUACCCCAACGGCAAACCUGCCUUUGGCCACCCUGCGUGGCCCUGCAUCUUCUCCCUCCUCAUGGGCAUCACCAACGGGUACUUUGGCAGUGUCCCCAUGAUCCUGGCCGCCGGCAAAGUGAGCCCGGAGCAGCGGGAGCUGGCAGACCUGAGCGUGGAGGCCCCAAAGCUUCGGGAUCCAGUCCCGUCCGUCAGGAGACACCACAAGGGGACCGGCCAGGACCCCUAG